UUAGCUUUCAAUAAUUCUCUGAAUUCGGAGCCCUAACAUUAGAUGGGAGAUCCAUUGGAGAGGUUAGGGUCGGAGACAGCCAUGGGAUUAGAAUCAACGAUCAAGGAAAAGCUUUCCAUGGACAUCGAUCCUCCGCUCAGAGAGAACCUCGCUACUGCCGAUGAUUGGCGGAAUGCUCUCAAUAAAGUUGUUCCAGCUGUCCUCGUCCUCCGUACUACUGCUUGCCGUGCUUUUGAUACCGAGCCUGCCGGUACUAGUUAUGCUACUGGUUUUGUCGUUGAUAAGCGAAGGGGCAUCAUUCUCACUAAUCGCCAUGUGGUCAAACCAGGACCUGUUGUUGCCGAAGCAAUGUUUGUAAAUCGAGAAGAAAUAACUGUGCAUCCAAUAUAUAGAGAUCCGGUUCAUGAUUUUGGCUUCUUUCGUUACGAUCCCGAUGCCAUUCAAUUUUUAGACUAUGAGGAGAUUCCGCUUGCCCCAGAAGCAGCUUGUGUUGGCUUAGAAAUCAGGGUUGUUGGUAAUGAUAGUGGAGAGAAGGUUUCCAUAUUGGCUGGAACUCUUGCUCGUUUGGAUAGAGAUGCCCCUCAUUAUAAAAAGGAUGGCUAUAAUGACUUCAACACUUUCUACAUGCAAGCAGCAUCAGGGACUAAAGGUGGUUCAAGUGGAUCCCCAGUGAUUGAUUGGCAAGGGAGGGCAGUGGCCUUGAAUGCUGGUAGCAAGUCAUCUAGUGCAUCUGCCUUUUUCCUUCCUCUAGAACGAGUAGUAAGGGCGUUAAAGUUUCUCCAGAAAGGAGGAGAUUCAUAUAAGAGUAAGUGGGAAGCAAUUUCUAUUCCUCGUGGUACGCUUCAGACUACAUUUGUCCAUAAGGGGUUUGACGAAAUUCGCCGGCUUGGUCUCCAAAGUGAAACAGAGCAGAUGGUACGUCUUGCUUCUGCACAAGGUGAAACAGGAAUGCUUGUUGUUGACUCUGUGGUGCCGGGUGGUCCCGCUCAUAAUCACUUGGAGCCAGGUGAUGUGCUUAUUCGGGUGAAUGGGGAGGUAAUUACUCAAUUUUUGAAGUUGGAAACUUUAGUUGAUGACAGUGUUGAGCAGAAGAUAGAGUUACAGAUGGAAAGAGGUGGCACACCAAUGAGUGUGCAGUUAACGGUUCAGGAUUUACACUCGAUAACUCCUGCUCACUUCUUAGAAGUAAGUGGUGCAGUGAUACAUCCUCUGUCUUACCAGCAGGCAAGAAACUUCCGUUUCCAAUGCGGUCUUGUAUAUGUCUCAGAACCUGGGUUUAUGCUAUUUAGAGCUUCUGUUCCUCGACAUGCUAUCAUCAAAUUUGCUGGUGAGGAGAUAUCAAAACUUGAGGAUCUAAUCUCUGUUUUAUCUAAGCUUUCUCGGGGUGCUCGGGUUCCUUUAGAAUAUAUAAGCUACCAGGAUCGUCAUCGAAAAAAGUCUGUCUUGGUCACGGUUGAUCGCCAUGAAUGGUAUGCACCUCCACAGAUAUACACUCGUGAUGACAGCUCUGGACUAUGGACUGCAAAGCCCGCCUUUCAACCAGAGUCCAUGAUGCCAUCAUCUAGUGUUAAUGGCGAGGCUACUCAUAUGGAACACAUACUUCAAAUUAACCAAGAGUUGACUGAUGGUGUUUCUAGUAUGGAAACCUGUUAUGAGCAUGCUUCUGCAGAAUUGCAUUCUGAGAAUGAAGCGGGUAUUUGUUCAAAGAAAAGACGAGUAAGAGGUAUGCCUUCUGAUGGAGUUGUAGCUGAUGGUUUGUUAAGUGAAACUGGUGAAGUUAAGUUGGCGAACAAUAUUGCCAUGGAAAAUCCUGUGUUAAGUGAUUAUACAUGUCCAACUGCUGCAGCAGCUAAUGCUUCAAUUGCUGAACGAGUAAUAGAGCCUACUCUUGUAAUGUUUGAGGUUCACGUGCCACCAUCAUGCAUGCUUGAUGGUGUCCAUUCACAGCAUUUUUUUGGGACUGGUGUCAUUAUACAUCAUUCUCGAAGUAUGGGCUUGGUUGCUGUUGACAAGAAUACAGUUGCAAUUUCUUCGUCAGAUGUGAUGCUGUCAUUUGCUGCUUAUCCAAUUGAAAUUCCUGGAGAGGUUGUAUUUCUUCACCCUGUUCACAACUAUGCUCUAGUUGCAUAUGAUCCCUCGGCUCUAGGGCUGGCUGGUGCUUCUGUUGUCCGUGCAGCAGAACUGCUUCCUGAGCCUGCAUUAUGUCGAGGUGAUUCCGUCUAUCUUGUGGGUUUAAGUAGAAGCUUACAAGCGACAUCUAGGAAAUCAGUUGUGACCAAUCCAUGUGCUGCUCUAAACAUUGGCUCUGCUGACUGUCCACGGUACAGAGCAACAAUAUGGAAUAAUGAGCUUGAUACUGAUUUUGGCAGUUCAUUUUCAGGUGUGCUAACAGAUGAGCAUGGAAGAGUUAAAGCAAUCUGGGGAAGCUUUUUCAAUCAGCUGAAAUUUGGAUGUAAUACAUCAGAAGAUCAUCAAUUUGUGAGGGGCAUCCCAGUUUUUGCAGUAAGUCAAGUUCUUGACAAGAUCAUAGCUGGUACAAAUGGACCACCUCUUCUCAUAAAUGGUGUCAAAAGGCCGAUGCCACUUGUGAGGAUUCUAGAGGUUGAAUUUUAUCCUACUCUGCUUUCGAAGGCCAGAAGCUUUGGAUUGAGCGAUGAAUGGAUACAAGCUCUUGCUAAGAAAGAUCCAGUUCGACGCCAAGUUUUACGUGUUAAAGGUUGUUCGGCGGGAUCGAAAGCUGAAAAUUUAAUAGAACAAGGUGAUAUGGUUUUAGCAGUAAAUAAAGAGCCUGUUACUUGCUUUCGUGACAUAGAAGAUGCUUGUCAAGCAUUGGACGAUGGGGACAAUGAUGGAAACCUUAACAUGACCAUUUUUCGGCAGGGACGCGAAAUUGAUCUUCUUGUGGGUACAGAUGUUAGGGAUGGGAAUGGAACAACACGAGUUAUUAAUUGGUGUGGUUGUAUUGUUCAGGAUCCUCAUCCAGCUGUGCGUGCUCUUGGAUAUCUUCCUGACGAAGGGCAUGGUGUUUAUGUGGCACGGUGGUGUCACGGUAGUCCUGUUCAUCGGUAUGGGUUAUAUGCCUACAAUGGAUUGUUGAAUAACGGAAAACCAACUCCUGAUUUAGAUGCUUUUGUUAAUGUAACAAAGGAAUUAGAACAUGGGGAGUUUGUUCGUGUAAGGACGGUCCAUCUGAAUGGGAAGCCUCGAGUUUUAACGUUGAAGCAGGAUUUGCACUACUGGCCUACAUGGGAGUUGAGAUUCGAUCCUGAAACCGCAAUCUGGAAAAGAAGGAUGAUCAAGACUUUAGAUUGUCACAACUUGUGAACCUGGAUACAUGGUCACAUACUUGUUUUCUUCAGGAAGCUGAAAUUGGCAAUUUGGGCAGAGUAGAGAGCUGGUGAUGGCAUUGGCUUCUACCUACUAUCCAUUGCCAUUGCCAUUACCGAUUGGUGAGGUUCAAGUUUGAAGGACACGAGUUAGUUAUCGAGAAUCAAUCCGGUGAGGCCUAAAUUUAUUUUAUUCAGCUAUUUAGAUUUUCAUAUGGUGUGAUAAAUAGGACAUAUGCACGAAAUAAAGAGAGCAAACCUUUAGUUGUAUUCAAGUACAGUUGGGUUUUAUAAAUAUAGUACUGGCAGAGAUUUAACACUUUAA